GCUCAGGGGUCCUCUGCGGAGACACCGGAAAAAUCGUGGCGGAAACAACGGGAGCCCUGGGCAAGGACCUGGGGUAAAUGCUGAACCCACGCUCCGACGCACACCACUGGAGCGUUUAUAACAGCGGGAGGGAGCGAGGUCGGACGGCCAAGGCUCCUGGCCUCCUCCUUUCUCGGGGAGUCAGCUGAUUCUUCAGAAGCUCCAAGCAGAAAAGGGAGGCGACAUCACAGUAAAAGGCGUCGGAGUCCCCUGUCCCUACCUCUCCACGUCCUGUGAAUGUGUGACUCAGUCUACCUGUAUGUAAAGUGGAGCGCUUAAUCCCCGCCUCGCGGAUGGGGAACCUGUGAGGCAGAACGAGAAGGUCGCGUGCUCUCGGCCGAGGCCGGCGGCCCCACCGCGGCCCGGGAGCACUCUUUCUUGCGCAGACCGUUUUCUGAGGAGAUUCUUAGUUGUUUCCUGCACUUGGGAAUUUAAAACGGAUCCUUGGCGGCUGCUGAGAAGCGAGGUUGGGGGCGUAUACGGAAGUGCCCCUACGGAAGCCGGCAGGACCGCGGGCGGCGCUUCACCAUGGCGACGGCUGGGGCUCCGCGGCGCUUCUGCCGCUGCGCCUGCUUCUGCUCCGAGAACUUGUACGUGGCGCGCUACGGGCUGCACCUGCGCUUCCGGGGCAAGCAGCAGCUGCUCCGGGACUACGGCCCGACCCUGCGCGACCGAGGCUGUGUCAGCCCCAAGGACUUCCAGCAGCUGUUAGCAGAGCUUGAGCAGGAGGUGGAGCGGAGGCGGCAGCUAGGGCAGGAGUCGGCCGCCAGGAAAGCCCUCAUCGCCAGCUCUUACCGCCCAGCACGGCCCGAAGUCUACGCCUCGCUGCAGGCUGUGGCUCUGGCUCCGGAGUUCCUGGCCGCGGCUGAGUACAGUGCAUCCCCGGGCGCAGACCUCAAGGGCCUUCUCCAGCGGCUAGAGACCCUGUCGGAGGAGAAGCGGAUCUACCGGGUGCCAGUGUUCACGGCGUCCUUCUGCCAGGCUCUGCUGGAGGAGCUGGAGCACUUUGAGCAGUCGGACCUGCCCAAGGGAAGGCCCAACACCAUGAACAACUACGGGGUGCUGCUCCACGAGCUAGGUCUGGAUGAGCCGCUGGUGACUCCACUGCGGGAGCGCUUCCUACAGCCGCUGAUGGCCUUGCUGUAUCCAGAGUAUUGUGGGGGCCCGCUUGACAGCCACCGUGCCUUCGUGGUCAAGUACGCACCAGGUCAGGACCGAGAGCUAGGCUACCACUAUGAUAAUGCCGAGCUCACCCUCAACGUGGCCCUGGGCAAGGCCUUCACAGGGGGCGCCUUGUACUUUGGGGGCCUCUUCCAGGCCCCCGCAGCCCUGACGGAGCCGCUGGAGGUGGAGCAUGUGGUGGGCCAGGGCAUCCUGCACCGGGGCGGCCAGCUGCAUGGGGCCCGGCCCCUGGGCACUGGUGAGCGAUGGAACCUCGUCGUCUGGCUCCGGGCCUCUGCUGUGCGCAACCACCUCUGCCCCAUGUGCUGCCGCAAGCCUGACCUGGUAGAUGAUGAGGGCUUUGGCGACGGCUUCACCCGUGAGGAGCCCACCACGGUGGAUGUGUGCAUGCUGACUUGAGCCUGGCUGGGCCCAGCGAGUGGGGGGUGGUGUAGCUGGUGGUGGCUCUGCCCCCUUGGGUUGGGAGGAGCGAAAUAAACUCCCUGCAGCCACAGCACUUGGUUUCACAAGA